AUACACACUCACCACUUUUUUUUGUUUUUCAACCUAGCCACAAUGAAAACAAAGAACAUUUGGUUUUUUACGUGGUUGCUUUUGUUCGUGUUUUCAGUAACAAACGCAUUUCCAACGAGAGACAUUGAAAAUCUAUGCAAUGAGACACUUGAUGCGGCUUUCUGCAAAGCACAACUCCUAAAUGAUCCACGAAUACCAACUGUACCCCUUCUCAGCGAUGUGCUUAUAAUUGUGAUUUCGCUUUCACGAAAACAAGUGCAAGACGGAAUGAUUCAGAUUGACAGCAUCCGUGGAAACUAUGAGAAUCAGAAGGAGAUACACCAGAUCAAUAUUUGCGAUAUCAACUAUCUUCGUGCUGUGGAAAGGUUCAAUGAGGCUAAAGAUUUUACACUAAAAAAAACUUAUACGGCAGUGAUCGUAUUCGCGGGUGACGCCAAGGAUAAUGUGAGUCAGUGCGAAAGCGAAUUGGUAAAGAAUAGGAUGCAAACCCCUCCUCUCACUUUACAUAAUAAGAAUGUUUCUAAACUAUAUGAAAUUAUUUUUGUUAUUACCAAAAAGCUUGGGGUGAGAGUUUGAUGUAUAUUCUAUAUGGACACAAUUUAAAAAUAAAUUAUUACUAAAUACCAUUUUAUAAUAAAAAUUAGGAGAUAAUAUAUUAUAUGAAACGGUAACUCCACCGUUUCGUCAAGGACAUGUAAAGCAUAUGGCCAUACAUGUACGUUAUAAAAACAUAAACAUUGUUUAAGGUAUCAAACUUUUUAUUAUUGUAUAUUAUUAGUUAUAUUGUAUUAAUUUAAAAUAAUAAUUUUUUUUUUUACAUA